AUGGCCACGUUAGUUGGGCUGCAGGCUAGGUUGAAGAACCUAGGCAAGCAGUACUACUUCUCCAACAGAGUUGUGGAUAUGUUUAGAGAAAAGGAGAAUUAUGCAGCAAUUAAAAUCCAGAGCUGGUUUCGAGGAUGUCAAGUUCGGGCAUAUAUCAGGCAUUUACACAGAGUAGCAACUGUAAUUCAAAAAUGUUGGAGAGGUUACUUAGGAAGAAAAUAUUAUCGACAAGUUGUGGAGUUAGCGUAUUAUACUAUGAAGAUGAAUCUCUACAAUGCAAUGGCUGUCAGGAUUCAGAGACAUUGGCGAGGUUAUAGGAUUCGGAAAUACUGCUUUAAUUAUUACUAUUUGAAAGACUACCUGAGAGCUGUUUCAGAGACCAAUGAUGCAAUUAGGGAGGCACUGGAGGAGUUUGCAGAGAUGAAAGAAAGAGAAGAGAAGAAGGCCAACCUCGAGAGGGAAGAGAAGAAAAGAGCUCACCAAGCCCGAAAGAUGCAUUACCUGCUCAGCACAAAGCAGAUUCCAGGUAUUUACAACUCACCAUUCAGAAAAGAACCUGAUCCUUGGGAGCUGCAGUUACAGAAGGCAAAGCCUGAAACCAUGGAAAGACCCAGAUCCAAGAAGAGGCACUCCCUCCCCCUCAACGAAUGGCUGGCUUGUACCAGUGCCCGCUCCUUCCCUCGGAUGGAAAUUCUGCCACCUAUCGGUAGAAAACAGUGCCAGGGGCCCUUCCGUGAUAUGGCCGAGGUGUUGGAGCAGCGCUACAAGCCUUUGGAGCCAACGCUGCGGGUAGCAGAGCCCAUCAGCCAGCUAACAGAAGCCAGACAGGAGCUCAGGAGACAGGAGUUGGCACGAAACAUCCAUGACAACAUGUUUUUGCCAUUUUCUACCUACCAUAAAAAUAAGAAGUACAUCCCAUUAAUGCAUUCAUCAAGCAAGUAUGGUCCUGAUUCUUAUGGGUCGCAGCAUUUCAGAGACGAGAAUUCUAAGAAAUGGAUCUCUCACAAGGAUUUCCAAACGGUGUUACCUUCAUUUGAUCUCUUCGCAAAGUUUGGAAAACUAUAUUCAAAAGCUGGGCAAAUUAUAUAAAGAACUGGGGUACAGGCCAG